GAGUGUGCGAGUGAGUGUGGCGCGGGUAGGCACACAGCAGCCGAUGUACUGUUUUACUAUGGUGUAGUGAGCCUGUGACCAUGUGUGCGUUUACCAACACCAGGAACACACCGAGGAGAUCCUGCAGCGUUAGAACAGAGCGGGAAAGUGUUGGUGCCUGCACGUAAGAAGCAUGACGGGGGAGGAGAGGAGCCGUCCGAGGCAGGCAGGGGAUGGCAGGCCUCUGGGAAUAAGGCCAAGACUGGGGAUCUCGCCCACGGCUGUUUUUCUCAUCAUGUCCUUGGGGUUGAGUCUUGCAGCAGAAGAGACCCACACUCCCGAAGCGGCAGCAUCAGCACCCACAACCCAAUUCCAGCCACUGAGUCAGCUUGAGAGAGCAAAGAGCAUCUUAGGAGUGACAGACCAGGCAUCAGAGGUCCCACCACUGCCCUCACAUUCACACAGUUCUCAAGGCAUCAGGAAGAUCAUCUCCUCUAUGAAGAAGGACUUUUUAACCAAGAAGUCCUCCUCAGAAUCAACUGCUCCUCGUGACACUCACACUGAAGUAACUGGAACUAAUCAAGCAAACCAAGGCCUGAUUAAGAGCAUAUUGAGGGCUGUGUCUCAAGAAGGAAGCAAGAAAGCUAAGACAGGAGAAGAAGAACAGCCAUCUCCAGCAUAUAUUGAAGAGGAUGCCAGUAAGGAGGAUGCUCAGACUAAGGAACAUGCCGAUGAAGAGGAAGUUCACAGGGGGACUAAAGAGAAAACCAGUGGCAAGGAGAAGUUCAUUAAGGUUAUUAGUGAAGUUGUGCUGAGAGGGGAUGAUACUCCUGAGCCACUGGAAACACCUUCAAGCAUGCUGCCUCCUGCUGAGGAAGUGAAGGAAGAGAUGACCAAGGAAGUAAGGGCACACAUAGAAGGGGAAUCAUCAAGCAGCAAAGAGUCACAUGAGGAAAAAGUGUUGGAAGUGGAGGAACAAAAAACAGACAGUUUGUCAGUGGAAUCUGUGGGCAGUGAUGACAGAAGUAGUGAUACAAAAGUAGUGAGUGAAGAAAAGGAAAUUGAAAGUGAAGUGCCUGAGGAGAUUCCAGCUGCCAAGAAGAAGGAAGAAAAGGUGGCAGGAGAGCCCAUCACUGCACCACCUGCCACAACGGAGGGAGAUGCCGAGGGUGUACCGCCCAUGGGCAGUGGGAUAGAGGUGGUGACGAAGGCGCUGGGUGUGGUGGAUGUUGAGGUGGACGUAGCCCGGAGCAACACCUCCAUCAACCCAGUGGCAGCUGUCAAUGAAAGACGAAGCAUAUUCUCCAGAAAGUCAGAAGUCACACUAAGUCACAUAUUUGGAGCUAAAGAGUUUCUCAAGCAUUUCCCUGCUGAGAACUUUACGCAUCUUCGCACACACCAGCCUGGGCACUCCAAGCCCUUCCAAAAGGACGCAACAGCCUCAGAGGAGACUCAGCCACAGCACAAAUCAGAACCUGCACCCAAGGAAGAGUCAAGGGAACCCGUGGAAGGGGAGACUGUCAUAGGUUCUGAGGCCACCAUAGUUCUUGAAGGUGCCAAGGAGGUGAGUAGCUCCAGUAUACCAAUAGAAUCAAAGGAAAAGGAGGAUAGAAAGAAGACCCAAGAAAGAUUAGAAAGUGAAGCUGUUCCUCAUGCUGCUGAAACAGAGGGAGAAUCCAUUACAGCAGCAGCAGAUGGGAAAGGGAAGAAACCAAAAGUAGAUGAAGGGACACAGCAACAUGAAGCACAAGGUCAAGUUGAGAGCACGCAAGAAGGUCAUACACCCUUGCAGCCUUCCCUUGCUGAUGUGGAGGCCAAGGGGGAGAUGCCGCAUCCUACAGAGAUAGCAGAGUCUGUUGAGGUUGAGGCUGAAAAAGUUGCAGAAACUCAUCAGACUCCCUCAGAUGCUGGCAAAUCCCUGGAGGAACCCACCCAAGAGAUCCAGACCACUGAGUCACUCUCACCAGUAACAGAGGCCAAGAAUGUAAGUGAACCAGCCACCAGAGCUGAGGAGGAGCAGAAGGCUGUGGUUAAAGAGGAAUCCAAAGCAGAAGAGCUCCUAGAAAAGGCUGUGAAAGAGCAAGUCAACAAGACAGAGAAGGAGAAAGAGGCUGUUGUGUCUACCAAAGUUGAAGAAGAGAAGGAAAAGCCUGCUACUGUGGAUAUUGAUGCAGCUGAUGAAGGAACUAAGAAGAAGAAAAAGCCAAGUGAAUCUGAAAAGCCCAAGAAGAAGGAAGCUGCAGACAAGAGUGCUGAUGCCAAGCAAGGGGAGAGGGAGAAGGAGAAGGCUGCAGACACUCUGGAGACCUAUAGUCAGUUCACUCAGCGAGUCAAUGCCGAGAAGAAAAAUGACAUCAUGACCAAUGGGCACGGAACCAACGGCCAUGGCAAGGGACCCAAAGUGAAGAGCAAGAACUACGCCUCGCCAGACUGCGGCUCCAAGCUCCUCACGGCAAACCCUGAAGCCACCCAUGCCUCCAAGGUGAUCCAUUCUAAUAAGGACGAGUACCUGCUCAACAAGUGCCGAGACAAGACCUGGUUCAUCAUUGAGCUGUGUGAGAGCAUCCGACCCCAGAAGUUUGACAUCGCCAACUUUGAGCUGUUCAGUAACCUGCCCAAGGACAUCCACGUGCUGGGGAGUCACCGCUACCCAAGUCGAGACUGGACCUCCUUGGCAUGGGCACAGGGGCAGGAGGGCAACCGUGGUGUGCAGUCCUUUCCUGUGGAGACUGAAGAUUUCUUUAAGUAUAUCAAGGUUGAGGUGCACAGCCAUUAUGGCCCUGAGUACUUCUGUCCCAUCUCUCUUUUUCGCAUCUAUGGCCUGUCAGAGUUUGAAGUCAUUGAUACAGUAGAGGAUGCUGAGGAGCCAGAAGAGGCAGAAAUCUUCAUUGAGGCUCAGCCAGAUGAGAAGAAGACCAAAGAUGAGGGAAAGCCCAGUGUCAUACCAGCUGUGAUCAAAAACAUGUUCACUGGUGUCCUGGAUGUCAUCAAGCGAGGAUACCGCCCCCACACCUCCACCAGCGAGUCUGGGGACAACUGCUAUACUUUGCAGCCUACACACACUGUGGACAAGAGGAGCUGCCAGCUGGCUGACUCACUGAACUAUAUACUUUCCUGCUACCACACUGAGUACCAGAUGCUAAUGCAGACAUCAUUUGUGUCUAACACUGUCAAGAACUCUGGGUUCUGCCGCCUGUUGGCCUCCACCAUGUGCCUUACCCCUGAGGUGAGCGACAGUGUUGUGUAUGACACUGUCUGCAACAGCAGCUAUUUGUGCAUCAUGCUCUCCCCCAAACAUCUGCUGGCAAUGUGCUUCAUGCACGACAGUCGCAUCGUGAACUCCCAGGUGGAGUGUGAGUCUGCUGGCACACUCCUGCCUGAAAACUUCUCUGCCACAACCCCACCCAUCCUGCCAACAGAGAAUAGGAUGCCCUCUUAUGUGAAGAAUGCUAAAAUAAACACCUCCACCAUCACUCGCACCGACGCCACUGUUCCCCACGUAAAUAGCAUGGCAGCACAAGCAGAAGAGAAAUGGAGUGAGCAAGGCAAUGGUGCAAAACAGAUCCCUGUGGAGCCAGUGACUGUGGGCCAGGAGGAGCCAGCAGCCUCACCUGCAUCUGAUGCUAUGGUUGCUGAACCCUCCAAGCCUAAAAAAUCCAAAUCAUCCGGGAGUGGCCAGGACCAGGUGGUGAAGGAGGAGGAGCAGCCAGACAACACAACAGAGCCUGAGGAACGUGUGGCAGUAGAGGGAGCCAGUGCUGUGGGGGUGGAGAUUAGUGAUGAGGAGGGUGUCAAGGAGGAGGAAGAGAAGCAGGAGGAGGAACAUCCACAUCCUGUCACACCCCUGCCAGUGGAGACCAAGUUAUCCUCCACCUCACCCACCAACAAAGAAUCAGUGGUGGUGCGUCUCUCCAACAAAAUCAAGGCACUGGAAUAUAACAUGUCCAUCAGCAGCCAGUACCUGGAGGAGCUGAGUCGCAGGUACAAGAGCCAGAUGGAGGAGAUGCAGCGCCAGUUCAACCUGACCAUCGCUGCCCUCAAUGCCACCUCCCGUCAGGCCUUUGAGCGUGAUCAGCACCAUCAGCGGGAUAUUGAGAUGUUAGAGGAACAGCUGGCCAGUGUCACUGCCAUCCUGAGGAAGCUGGUGGAGGAGCGAGAGAGUCUGGCGCACACUGUGGUGGAGCAGCACCUGCUCCUCAUGGUGGUGGAGGUGGUGGUGCUGUGUGUGGUGUUUGUUCUCUGCUACAAGAGGACCACUCGUCACAGGCUACUGGAGCUGGAAGGACAAGAGAGAAGGGCCCAGACUCCAAGUGAAGACCCAUCAGACAGGCAGGGACUGGGCAGCAGUAACAGCCUCAGUAGCUGGACAAGAGGCAGAGUACGGCGACGGUCAGUGGACAGCAUCACACGGGAGCGCUCAUCAAACCAACGUCGCUGCCGCCGCCCCAGCGAGGAGGCACUCAGGAUAUCUGGCACAUAUGAAGACCUCCUCAUCAUUGAGCCGGCCAUCCCCAUCAUGGUUGACUCGGUCAGUGAUCGUAAGAAGAAGAAGAAGUCAAGCAGUGGAGUGCUCAAACGUUCCAAAUCUAAUGCCAGCAUUGUUGAGAAAUCUUGCAACUCCACCAAAAGAUCUCAACGUUUGGAAAACUUGGACAUGUCUAGUGCUGGAGUGCUGUUCUUUGGGGACCAGGUAGAGACAAAGGGAGUCUCUAACAGCCCUCAGGUUGACCCAGCCAGCCUACAGUUCUCAGGGGACACAGUUGACUCACCAGUCGGUGCAGACAUUAUCUCUACCAGGUCCUACGUUGAAGAAGUCAUGUCUGCAUCCCAUCCUUAUAAUGAUAUCAAUGCAGUCACCUCGAAAAAACAUUCAACUAGUUGUUCCCAGAAUUCUGAAAACUUAAAUAGAAAUUGGGGAAAGCUUACCAAAUCCCAUUCCUUAAGCUGCUCCUCAGAGAAACUUAGAAAUGGUGAAAAAAAGAAAAAGAAAUUGAAAAAGAGGAAUAAUACUAUUCAAGAAAGCCAACAGCUAUAUAGUCAUGAAGCAGAAAUGUACCCAGAAACAAACAGGACCUCCUACAAUGGCUUAAGUGAACAUAACCCGGAGUAUUACUAUAAUGGGCGAAGCAGCGUCCAUUUCAGUGAAACAUCUGAUGCUCUUGGCAACCAUAUGUUCAGUGCUGAUGUUACCAAUGGUAGUAGUUAUAUUAAUGGUGACAGUUCACAAGAUCUAGGUUAUGUAGGGAGUGAAUACAUGCAUUCUAGCUAUGUGACAAACUUUUCUGAAAAGCGAAGAACUUCACCAGCAGCCAAAGUCAAACUACGUUCAGAUAACUGGGAGUGGUAUUCACUGCAGCAUUUUGGAAGCAGCAGUGAAACAGUCAGCACCUGUAGUGACUCUAGUGGGAAGAUCCGGAAAGGCAGACACGAUGAUGUGCCACACACUCAAGAUCAAAGUGACGACAAGAAGGUAAAGAAAAAGAAGAAGGGCAAGUCUAGGGCACCAGUUCUUUUAGAAGAAGAAACUAAUGGUGGGACAUGACCACCUCAGCUGUGCCCUCAGUGCCAUUGUAUUGUGUUUUUAGCUUGCUGAUGGCAUGCUGGAGGGUAAUGGUUGUGUCCAGGUAUUGCUGCACCACAGGAUGCCUCCCUGACCUCUGCUACAUGUGCUCCAGGAAAACAAGUACCAUAGUACUACUCUUUUGUGGGAAAGUUAUUAAUUUAUUAGAAUCAUGAAGUCAUCCCGACUUGCAGGUAGAUUCCUGUGAAGUGUUAGUCAUGAUUGUGCAUCCAAUGUGUAUCUUUUAUGUUUUUUUUUCUCUUUUAAUUAUUUUAUAAUAAAAGUUAAUUAAUGGAUUUACUUUUAAGUAAUCAGAUGUGAGUACUUCCAGAGUGCUUUGUUCCAGAAGUUUGAUGCAAUGUUAUAUCUGUUGAUAGUCAUGCAGUGUGUCUUGAGUCACUUUGUGUUAUGUUAGGGAUGUGUUGGUGCUGUUAAAUGUACUGCAGCGUAGUGUUAUCAGUAAGAGUCUGCUGACUGGGUCAGUCCUAGAGGUGUCACUGAGGAUGAGGACUCAAUUUUUAUUAAGUUUGUCCUAGUGAAGUAUCACUAGAUCAUAUAUUAGGGAUUGACUUAAAAGUUCCUUUUGACUUAUACCUUCAUCUACAUCAUAGGAUUUUACAUAGAAAUACUUCCAGUCUUCAAGUGAGGGGCUUUGUGGGUAAGGUUACUAAAGUAGCAGAUACUUCUGCUGUGUUAUGUUGAGCAGCCACACAUUAGCAACAGAGAAAGUGUAGUGCUGGUGAAAGUUGAAGGUGGUGAGUGUGUCUGUGUUAUGAAGAAAAAAAAUUGAUAAGGGACUAGUAGUAAAUGGACUCACAGUCAAACACUGAAUUAUUAUAAUGAUCAUAUUGAUCACCAUCAUUAUACAUACUGUGUUGGGAAGGUUUACAGUGCUGGGAGUCAGAUGACAUGCAUCAGUUGAGACAAAGUGAAGAGAAAUGCAGUUAUAUAGUUUUAACUAAACUCAAGUUAGAGACUGAAUGAUUGAAGCAGUAGAGAUACAAGUAGUGGAAGCAUAAAAAUUGAAUUAUUAGCUGUACCUUCAAAGUCUUGGUUGACUUUUGAAAUGAGUAAUGAUUUCUCGAGAGAAGAGCUUGCCUUGUCAUGUUUUCAGUGCACCAGGAGUCCAGGUCAACAUGCUGAAUGAGUUUGGAAGUUAAGAAUUUUAUAGUGAAUGGUAGGGGAAAAUUAUUAUUGUCUUCAGCUUGCUUUUAGGGAGAAAUUUAUUAUGUAAUCUUAAAAACUAGGGAUUGCCAUGUUUGAAAUUUCAAUCUUGAGUCCAUUAAGGAGACAAGCAUGAUUCUUGUUUUAUUUAUCUAAGCUCUGUACUCUUGAAUCAGAAUGACACGGUUUGUCCUGACACUAGGCAUCUCCAUCCUUGUUGUGUGGCACUGUUAGGAUCCGUCUCUGAGGGAUGGCUGCAGUGUUUAGUCUUCAUGGAUUUACGUGCUGGGUUAUUUAUGUUAGGUGUUACCACUUAUAGGGAGAAGAGGGCAGCUACAUAUACAGGUACGUAGAUUUGAAGAUUUGAGGAUGGCCAGUACUGUGUAUUGCUGUGAGCUGCAACUCGUGUCCAUAGCAUACGUAGAUAUAGAAGUGUCAUGGUAUUCUUUGAACAUAGAAGCACAGCACAUGGUCUCCCUCACUUAGGUUAGAGAAAGAAAGCCACUUAGACUGGAUUUGAUGUUCAGUGUAUUCAGUGGAGGAGCUUCAAGACUUUAUAGAUGCUUAAUCAGUGAGGCUGUAGGUUGGUGGCAAGGUGUUAGCCUGACCUUACCAAGUACUGAGUGUCCUUGCCACUGAUGCCUGUCCUUAAACUGUGAUGAGACAUUUCUGCUCCUAGGUCUUUUGUUAGUAUGUUUAAAUGUUUGUUAAGUCCUAGUAAGUUGGUCUUCAUAUCAGAGAACCUAAGCUCUAGUGUGAGUGUUAAAACUUUGUUAGGAAUUUCUGAGCCUUGUCGUUCAAAGUGUACAAGUCCCCAGGAGGAGUGUACAGACAGGGCAUGACCGUAAACUAGUCACAUGCAGUAUGUUUCCAGUAUACUCUCAUUUUAUUAGGUAUGGCAUUAUAUGUAUAUAAGGUGGACAUAUUUUUUCACUGUAUUUAUAGGGUUUAAUUUAUAAUGUAAAUAGUAUUCUGAUAUGUGUGUUUGAGAGAAAGGGAGAGAGAGUCAUGCAGCGUCUGGGUGGAUGAUGAUCAGUGCAGGGCUUGGAGAACACUCCUUCUUCCUCAGAAUAGUGUCACAUGUACUAGGCUAUGACAUUUUGCAGACAAUUUCACAAUUACCUGGGUAGUGCCCUAAGCAAGUAAUUUUCACCUUGCACAGCAAUUUCACUUGAUGAAGAUUCUUGCUCUUUAUUUCACUAAUGCUUGCCUUCAGCCUACUAACUUCCUGUGGAAAAGGACUGAGUCAUGAUAAAAGCUUGUUUAUGCUUGGUUUAUAAUAAGCUGCUGCUAUGAAGUCAAUUAUGAAUAUUGUCAAUUGACUGCCAGGAUGUCUAGAGAGUCAUCUGGAGGGCACAAAGACUGUUGAGAGUUCAUGAGAAAUGACUUAGUGUGAAUUGAGAAGCAGAGUUUGGAAUGAGAGCAACAGUACUGUGAUGAGAACAGACAUGUUACAUUGGUUUGGUCAUAUUGAGAGAAAGGACAAGAAAAGGAUGAAAAGUGGGGACGUAAGACGAGUAAACAGAAUGUAGAAAACACGAGAUGAAAUCAUAAGGAAGGACUUAAGAAUGCAAUGGAUCAAGUUGCACGUGAUCUAGAGGCUGAAUGAGGUACCACUGAAUGACAAAGGCUGACUUAAUGUAAAGAUGGAACAUGAACCAAAAUAAAAUACCUUGGUGUUGUGAAAGAUGACUUACAGGGACUGAGUGAGGGAACUGGGAACCCCCUCUUCAGUAUGUUUCUUCCUAUAAUGAGAGAGGCAGAAAGGCAGUGAGAGAGGAAGGAAUAAUCAAGUUCUCUUGCAACCCUGAUGUACAAGUAGAUGCCUUGCCUUGGUUGAUGUAUGAGUAUUUUAUGAGAGUUGUCAUCCUGGUGUAUAUAUAGAUUUCCAUGAAGGUAUACAGAACACUUCAAGUUGUUCUUGCUGACUGCUUAUGGUGGACAAUGUGUUUAUGAUUUCUACCUCAGUUUGAGGAAUGUUUGUGACAGAGAAUGGUGUUGUACUUAACUAUACUGACUGUAAAUGUAGCGACUUGAAACAUGCCAAACUGAUGUACUGUCUGUCUUUCUCAUCCUGGAGUUAUGUUGGAGGAUGUGUGAGAAAUUAAUAGAUGAUGUCAUAGAUCAGGCCUAAAGUGCUGAGCUGAGGGGAGUACAGUGUCUUGUUAGGAAUCAUUAGUGCAGCUGCAUUUCUGAGUUGUAUCAUGCUGGCCUUGGUUUGUGUGUGGAGUAUGGAUAUGAUGGUGUAGAUUUUGAGGUGUGUUAUUUAUGUUGGAGGAAGUAGUUCAUUUGUUGUCUUCUAUUCAGUUAACCGGUGAUACUCGUAUCUGUGAUGUCGAGGAUGUCCCUCCAUUGCUCACCAUUCACCACAUCUUGUCCAGUCCCUCUUCCCAUCGUCUUCAUUCAACCUCCCCUCUCACUCACUCAUCUAUCUCGUUUCUCUUUAUUUUUUUGUUAAUUUUCUCCCAUUCCUUUGCAAGAAAUAAGAUAUAACUAAAAAAUACAUAAUUGUUACUACUGCUUUAAUAAAUUAAUUAUAAGCGUGAAUGUAGCUUGUGCUGAGUACAAGAUGCAUGGCGACUGUGACAAUGUGUAUGAUAAUGAAGCAUCCCUCCCUUCCAGCAUCUGUCCCUGUCUGUUUUUAUAUUUAUUCUGAUCUGCAAAUGUCACACCAGACACUGCACUGACAUUCACCCAGCAAAGUGAAAGUGAAACCCUGGAAAUAAUUGUGGAUGUUUUAAAGAUUUUUUUUUUUUUAAUAGGAUUACUGCUGGAAUUCUGAUGGCUGUGGCGAGAUUACAGAAUUAAGAGAGCUUAGAAAUACCACAGGCCUCUUAAGCUAUAUAUUUUUCCUGUUUAUUUGCGUCAGUUGUGAUUGGUUAGGCUCGUUCGUGAUACAAUGCACAGGUGAAGACCACGAGUCUCGUGUCUGACCAACCCCACAUAUGCCCCAGAAUUGCCUCGAGUGUGCUGCCAACGUGUGCGGCAAAUGUGUCUUUAUAUUUCAAACAUAUGGCUUCCUCGCUGUGUGAAGGAGCCGGCCAGGAGUGUUGUUGUGUGUGCGAGUGAACCCGCGAGGAGACCAAUGAGUCCACGUGUGUUAAUGUUGACGUUGGUGUCGCGAUGUCGUUGUCGGGGUUGUUGUCUGAAAACUUACGGCGAGUUGCUGGAACAAUACAUAGGUAGGUAGGUAGGCGGCAAUCUUUCUUUUUUAUCUCAUAUAGUGGAAGGGUUGUUUGUUACCAGAAACUGUGACACCAGAAGUAGGAUAUUCAUAAGUUAUGGAUUCCUACCUCUAUAUUUUUCUCAUAUUUUUUCUUUUAAACAUAAACUACCAAUAAAAAAAUAUAAAUGC